AUGGCUCGCCUGGGCCUGCUGUUCACGCUCCUCGGCCUGGGUCAGGCGUCGGAUCCGCUAGACUCGGUGUGCCGCCCAAAGAAUGUUUGCCCGAGGAUUGGGGGACGGUAUCCGGGGACGGUGUUUUACCCUGGGAGCAAAACGUAUAAUUUAGAGAAUCAUCACUACUUCAAUGCAGCGGCCGCCUCAAACCCACUUUGUGUAUUUGUCCCGAGAAAUACACAUGAAGUCGCUGGUGCAGUUGAGAUUCUUGCAGCAUCACACACGGAGUUCGCCGUCAGGGGGGCUGGACACAUGCCCAUUCCUGGCUACGCGAAUACAGAUGGCGGCGUCUUGAUCGCAUUCACAAAGAUGAAGCAGCUGCACCUUUGUGCGGACAAGUCAUUUGUCUCCGUUGGUCCGGGGAACACCUGGCUGGAUGUGUAUCAAUAUCUCGAACCGCAUGGGCUGGUGGCCCUGGGAGGGCGCGUGGGAUCAGUUGGGGUCCCGGGACUGUUGCUCGGAGGCGGUGUUUCCUUUUAUUCCAACCAGUAUGGCUUUGCGGCAAACAACGUCGUCUCGUAUGAAGUCGUCCUCGCCAACGGUGAAAUCGUCCAAGCCACUGCCAAACAGAACAGCGAUCUCUUCUGGGCCCUUAAAGGUGGCGGAAACAGUUUUGGCAUCGUCACCCGCUUUGAUCUUGUUACGUUUAACUCCCCCCAAACUUGCGGUGGCAUUCUGGUGCAUCAAGGCGCUCCACACCAGGAGUUCUCGAGAGCCAUUUCACGCUUUGUACAGGAUGGAUCAAAAGAUGCGAAAGCAGCGAUAAUCCCGACAAUCACCAUUAUUCCUUCACAGGACGUCACGGCUUACAUAUCCUUCCUCUUUUAUGACGGUGCUGAAUGCGACCAACCGGCCCUGUCAGAUUUCCUUGCCAUACCGUCGGUGCAGAACACAUAUCGCCAAGCUACGAUGGCCCAGCUGGCUGCCGAGCAAGAUACUUUUAUCCCUAUGGGGACCAGGCGGAGUUUUCAUGUCGUGUCCAGUUUCGCUACCCCCGAGGCGAUUGAAAUAAUUUACGAUGUUUUUGCUACCACCUUCAAAGCUGAGAUCUCGGAUGUACCAAACAUCACCACUAGCAUUGCGUACCAACCCAUGACGAAGCGAUUUGUAGAGGAGGGGGAUAGGAGGGGCGGUAAUCCACAGGGUAUAGAUGCGUCUAAGGCUCCAUAUUUCUGGGUCGUACAAGACUUAUCAUGGACAGACGCCAAAUACGAUCAAAGAAUUGCCGAGUAUCGCAGAUUAGCCGCGGCAAAAACGGAAGAGAGACUAGCCGCUGCAGGCCUAAAAGCGGAAUACAGGUACAUGAACGAUGCCGAUAAAGGGCAGACGGUUUUCGAAACCUACGGCGGCGAUAACCUUGCAAAACUCAAGGAGAUCCGCGCGAAAUAUGAUCCGACACGGCUCUUCACCGAUUCUCUGGCCGGCGGAUGGAAGGUUGAGCAUGCACAGAGCAAGAAUUAG